UACAAUUGUUUGUACAAUUGUAUUAUAACAUAAAAAAAUAAAGUUAGAUGACAAAAUUUUUUUAAAGAAAUACAAAAGAAUACGCGUACUUACGUUUUUUUAUUUUUACAUUUAUACAAAUUGUUUCGAAUGGGUUGUGCUGACGAAGAAGGAGGUAAGGAAACAAAUAAGGAAAAGAAGGGUACAGGUGAAAAGGACGGCACUACCUACACCGACGAUAAUUUAGCUGAUGUUAUUGAUUAUGUUUUGAAUACCAUGGAUUUGAAUAAGGACGGCUAUGUUGACUACACUGAAUAUCGCAAGAGCGAAGAAGCAUCUGCCAAAGAUGAUAAAAAAUAGUGCAUACUCAGUUAAAAUCUUAGUAUAAUAUUGAAUGUUUAUACUUUUUUUAAACUGCAUGUUUUUAUGUUAAGUAUAACUACAAUAAAAUGUAAACUUUUUAAAUAAAUAAUAAAAAGAUAUUUUCUAU